GGGGAGGGGGGGUUAAAUGAAAAGUAAAUAUUUUUGGUUUUUAUAUUUUCUUAUUUUUUUGGUUUUUUGAUAAAAUGGGGGAAAUAUGCUCAAAAGAUAAUCAACUCCUCCAACAAAGCUUCAAUUUAUAGAAUGGAGAGCCAAAUUCUUCCGUUGGAGCAUUGAUUUUGGCGAACGUUGGAGAAGAGCCGUUGGAGGCUUGGUCGUCGCGGUUACUCUUCGAAGAAGAAGGAGAUGGAGCGCAUUUUUUUCCUUUCUUCGUUGACUUAGAAUGAGGGAGCAGAGAUGGGUUGUAUUUGUUGAUGGCUUUGGGCUUUGGGCCAAAUUCAAUCUCUUCUUUUCAAACUUGAACUCCGUUUUGGCCUUUUGCUAUAUUUUUCUCCAAACAAUAAGAUAUCUGAUAAUUUUUUGGUUAAGAAAAAUAAAAUAAAAAUAAUAGAAUGUAAAAAAUGAUUAAAAAACUACUAUUUAUGAAAGAAAAAUAAAAGAUUGUAAAAAUGAGAAUUAAAAUAAAACUAAACUAAAGAACUAAAAAUUAAAUACUAAAAAUAUAAAAAAUGCAUAAAAAAGAAUAAAAAGAACUAACCCAAAAACGACGUAUCAAAUACCCCCACACUUAAGACUUGAACGUCCUCGCUCAAAAGACCAAAAGAAACCAAACUUUUUAUCAUCAUCAAGAAAAACAAAGUGCACCUUACACACCCACACUUAAGACUUUAUGCCCAAAACUUUUUUAAAAACAAAGUGAGCUACAAGUCCUAUAAAAAUAUAGAACUAAAUAAUGGAUUAUUUGGGUUCUAAAAAAAUGCUCUAAAGUUGCCACAAAAAAGUUUUCUAAGGGAAUCCUACGGUCUAAACGGCUUAAUGGCAACGGUAGCAAAAAAAAGCCUAAAAAAUAAAAAAAAACUUUUUAAAAAAAUAUAAUGUUUCUAAAACUUGUUUCUUUCAAAAAAUGAUUAAAACAACAUCUAAAUAGUAUGUGGAUGGCCAGUUCUAGAAAAAAAACUAAGGAAACCUAAAAGGAUUCAAACUUAAAGGUCAUUUACUGAGAAAAUGGGCAUCAAGACUCAAAGGUGGGGUUGUAAAAGAAACAUUUGUCAACUUUCAGAAUAAAGCUCAAGAAAAAACGAUGAGGUUUUUGGGUCAAUUUUGAAAACAAUGCUCUGAUCUAAAUAAGAAGAUAUGCAAUUAAGAAUGAAAAAUAUUUGGACCCAAGACCUAUUUUGAAAAGAAAAAAUUUGCCCCAAAAUAUGAUUUCCCAAAUAAUAAGAUAAUCGUGAGAAACUCCCCCCACACUUAAAAUGUGCAUAGUCCUCGAUGCAUCUAUAUGAUAUGCAAACGACAAUAUUAAGCAAGCACUAACUUAGCAAAGAGAGAAGGGGAAAGGGAAAUGCAACUAAAAAACAAAGUAUACGCAGCACCAACUCAUCACUUUUCCCUCCUUAAAGUGCUCGAUGGACCUAAAAACUGCAAAACAUGACUAAGACCAAGUCUUUUAAUAUUGACGAGAUAAAAAAUCAGAUUUAAAGAAAUGCAGAUUUCAAGCUUCAAGUCAAGUUCCUGAGAACAGAUUCUAGCACUCUUUUGCAUUUUCAAAGCAGAAUAUUGUAUAUGAGAAGGUUAGUUAUGUCAUGCUCGUGCAGAGCAUGCAGCUCAUAUGCAUCUAUUAAACUCAAAAAUCAGAUUGAUCACUAAGAAAAAAUUGCAGAUUUUUUCUAUUUCAGCACCUUUAAGCUGUAAAAUUUGUAUUUUGCACUCAAAAAAUCAGCUUACAAGUCCAAAAAUAACUUUUCAAAAUGCAGAACUUUUCAUUAGUAUCCAAAAAUCAGCUGUAAACAAUGCGCAUGCCUCAACUUUCAGCUUAAAUAUGACCAUAUUAUAACACCCGAGAGGUCAGAUUUUCCCAUUAGUACCCAAAAUUCCGCCUUAAAAGUGCAGAAUUUUCAAUUUUCAGCCCAUGAAAGAUCAAAUAUAAACACCCAAGGCUUAAGAAAACUGAAACUUAAAUAACAUACCAACACCCGAGCACCAAGAAUCGCUAUUUGAAAAAAGAUUUGCACCUAACUGUGCAGGACUUAACUCCAUAAAGAGAUGCUCCAACCUAUGACUUAACAAGUCUUGCAUUCUCACUCAAAGGUAUGGUUAGAAGCAUAAAUGAAGUAAAAAAUAUUUAAACUCAAAUAACAAGCAACACACUUUUUUUCAAUAUUAUAUUUUUUGGGUUUUUCAAAAAUUAAAGAAAAAAAAUGAUGCUAUACAAUUACAUCAGAAUAGAAGGGGAAAAACAAUAAAAGUAAGUUGGUUAUUAAAAGAAAGAGAAUAAAAACCAUAUUAACCAUCAAAAGGGAAAAAAAAGUACAACAACAAGAAGUUAAAGAAGUUAAAGUUAGAAGUAAGCAUAAGAAAUUCAAAGAAAAAUUUAAAAAAAAAUGAUUCAAAAUGUUAGUGGGUCAUGUUAGAAAAAAAACAAGAGAAAAACUGCAACAAUAACUAAAAGUUAGAAGUAAAAGAACCCUUUUUCAAAGAACAAUACAAUAAAAAAAAACUUAAAAAGAAAGUGGGUUGCCUCCCAUAAGCCGCCCGAUUUAAAGUCUUUGACUAGACAAAGCUUACUACCAGCAAACAAAUAUUCACUUAAGGCAUGAAGUAGUAAGAUAAGAACAUGUGUUUCUUUAAAACACCCCAAAAAAGAUAAAAACAAGAUAAGCAUCAAUAAUUGACUUUAGCUCUAAGAAUAGCAGUUUAUGUUCAAUUAAGAAUGGAAAAAUCAAAUUUAAAGUUGCACAAAUAAGCUUCAAAGUCUCCUUGAAAUAGAUUUCUGCAUUUUUUUCACUUUGAGAGCAACACGGAGCAUAUAUCGAUCAAGACAAGAUUAAAAGCUCAUGCUAAAUGCUCCCACAUUAGUUCCCAUGCAAGUUUUAACAAUUAGGAUUCAAAAUUUAGUGCAUAAGCAUCUUUGGAACAUAAAAAUCAGUUUGCACAUAAAAAAAAGAAUGCAGUUUUUUUUUAAAAAAAAAAAAACAGCACUUGGAUCAGUUUUUAUCAAAAAUCCAGCACAAUAGGCAUCAAAAUCAGCAUAGAAACCUCAUGAUAUGCUUCUAAGUAUUGUCCCCAAGCAAGAUAGAGCAAUGAUAUUUCAAAUUUCAAGCAAUAUAGCACUCUUAAGGAACAAAAACAGCAAGAGUAAUGCAGAUUUAUAAAAAAACAGCAAGUAAAAUCAUUUUUCCUUGCAUAUUUAGCAUUAAAGGCAUCAAGAUAAGCAUACAACUCUUGCCUAAUCAAACCAUACAUGUUGUACCCAUAAGAAAAUGAACAAUGCAGCACAUUUGCAACAUAUAUGAUCAAUUGGAUAUAUAAACCAGCAAAAAAAAUGCAGAAAAUAGUGUCAAAAUGGAAUUUUUAUGAAAAAUAGGCCUGAAAUUUUAUAAAAACUGCAAAUAGAUCAUAUAUUUCAGCAUCAAGACAAACAAAACCCACUGAUUUUAGUUCAUUAAGAACAAAUAACCUCCAUAUUGAUUAUACAACAUGCAAAUCAGUCUUGAACAAAAGAAAAGAGGCUACUUCAUCAACUCUUGGUUUCUUACAAACCUUCCCCGGCAACGGCGCCAAAAUUUGUUGGGGACUUGUCGUGUAGUCCAAAACAAAUUAAAAAUUUAUAAAAUAUCCUUAACUAACCCCCAAAAUAUAAUCAAAUAAAAACUAUAGCUAGGGCAAGUAAGGGUCGAUCCCACGGAGAAAAUUUGUACUUCUGAAAACCAAUUUAGCAUGCAAACACAUUGUCACUAAAAAAAUAAAAUUAACUACUACACAAAUGAUAAUACUUAUAAAACUUUUAAUUAAAUAAAUAUAUAAACUAAUAAAUAUAACUUAUAUAA